GAAGAUGUGGUGUAUGUGGAAAAAUAUCAACUAUAAGACCACUGGGACAAAUUCAGAAACAGCUGCCGCUUGCAUUGAUUAAAGGUUGUGUAAAACUUAAAAGAAGCAGCAUUCUAUUCACUAGUUAUUGGACUCGAGCCUCCUUUGACCUCGGAAACUGAAAAUGAGGUUGCUAUGGGAACUGCUCGUGCUGCAAUCAUUCAUGUUGUGCCUUGCAGAUGACAACACGCUGCAUGGGCCAGUUUUCAUUCAGGAACCAAACAAUGUGAUUUUUCCACUGGAUUCUGAGGAAAAGAAAGUGAAGUUGAGCUGUGAAGUAAAGGGAAAUCCUAAACCAACUAUCAGGUGGAAGUUAAAUGGAACCAGUGUUGACGUCGGUAUGGAUUACCGCUACAGUGUAGUGGGAGGCAGCUUGUUGAUCAAUAACCCCAAUAAAACCCAAGAUAUUGGAAUGUACCAGUGCAUAGCAACAAACUCAUUUGGAACCAUUGUUAGCAGAGAGGCAAAACUUCAGUUUGCUUACCUUGAAAACUUCAAGACAAGAACAAGAAGUACAGUGUCAGUCCGACAGGGUCAGGGAAUGGUACUGCUGUGUGGACCACCACCACAUUCUGGAGAACUGACUUAUGCAUGGAUCUUCAAUGAAUACCCAUCAUUUGUGCACCAGGAUAAUCGUCGCUUUGUUUCUCAAGAGACUGGGAAUUUGUACAUAGCAAAGGUGGAAACAUCUGAUGUGGGCAACUACACAUGCGUGGUGACAAACACUGUAACAAAUAAUAAAGUGCUGGGCCCCCCAACUCCUUUGAUACUGAGGAAUGAUGGGGUGAUGGGUGAAUAUGAGCCAAAAAUAGAAGUGCAGGUCCCAGAAACUGUUCCAUCUGCAAAAGGAACAACUGUGAAACUGGAAUGCUUUGCCUUGGGAAACCCAGUUCCUACUAUUAGUUGGAGAAGAGCAGAUGGUAAACAAAUACCCAGGAAAGCCAGGAGACAAAAAUCGAGUGGAGUUCUCGAAAUCCCAAACUUUCAGCAGGAAGAUGCUGGUCUAUACGAGUGUGUGGCUGAAAACGUGAGAGGAAAGAACAUGGCACGAGGGCAGCUUACAAUUUAUGCACCACCUAACUGGAUUCAGAAAAUAAGUGAUGUGCACAAAGCUAUAGAAGAAAGCAUCUUUUGGGAGUGUAAAGCAAAUGGGAGACCAAAGCCUUCAUACAGCUGGCUAAAGGAUGGUGAACCAUUGAUACCUCGGGACAGAAUUCAGAUAGAACUUGGAGCACUUACAAUAACAAAUGUGAAUCUGUCAGAUGCAGGCAUGUAUCAGUGUGUAGCAGAAAACAGACAUGGAGUCAUUUUCACCAGUGCGGAGUUGAGUGUAAUUGCUUUGGGUCCAGACUUUUCCAAAACCCUGUUGAAAAGAUUAACUCUUGUUAAAGUGGGCGGUGAAGUAAUCAUAGAGUGUAAGCCAAAAGCUUCCCCCAGGCCUACUUAUACUUGGAAGAAAGGAAAAGAGAUCCUAAGAGAAAACGAGAGAAUCAAUAUUAUGGAUGAUGGAAGCCUCCGAAUUGUCAAUGUCACUAAGGCAGAUGCUGGAAGUUAUUCCUGUGUAGCAACAAAUCAUUUUGGUACCGCUAGCAGCACCGGAAGUUUGGUGGUGAAAGGUAUGAAUGGAGCUAAGAAGGAAACUGCCAGUCUUAAAAGUGAACAGAUGGAUAGCUUAGUAGGAAAAGCAAUGGAACAACAACCUAGCUUCUUAACCCCUGAUGUUGAAGCCAAAAGUCAGCAAGCAAAAUUUCAACAACAGUACCAGAAUGACCUAAAUUUGAAGGAUUCAGCUGGUGAUUUGAUGAUCAGAAGCAUCCAGCUGAAGCAUGCUGGGAAAUACGUCUGCAUGGUGCAAACAACUGUGGACAAGCUAUCGGCUACUGCAGACCUGAUUGUAAGAGGUCCACCAGGCCCACCUGAAGCCGUGACAAUAGAUGAAAUCACUGACACUACAGCUCAGUUAUCCUGGAGGCCAGGAGCAGAUAAUCACAGCCCCAUUACUAUGUAUGUGAUUCAAGCAAGGACCCCAUUUUCUGUGGGAUGGCAAGCAGUGAACACAGUUCCAGAUAUCAUUGAUGGCAAGACAUUCACUGCAACCGUGGUGGGAUUAAACCCUUGGGUUGAAUAUGAAUUCCGAGCAGUUGCAGCCAACCUCAUUGGGAUUGGGGAGCCAAGCAGACCCUCAGAGAAAAGAAGAACUGAAGAAGCUCUUCCUGAAAUCACCCCGGCUAAUGUCAGUGGAGGUGGAGGGAGCAAGUCGGAGCUGGUCAUUACCUGGGAGACAGUGCCUGAAGAAUUACAGAACGGAGGUGGCUUUGGCUACGUGGUGGCAUUCCGACCCUUGGGCACAGUGAGCUGGAUGCAGACUGUAGUAGCUUCUUCUGAUGCCUCCAGAUACGUGUUUCGAAAUGAGAGCUUGCCGCCAUUCACGCCCUAUGAAGUUAAAGUGGGCGUGUACAACAAUAAAGGGGAAGGUUCUUUUAGCCCUGUGACAGUUGUAUAUUCUGCAGAAGAAGAACCCACCAGAGCUCCAACCAGCGUCUUUGCCAAAAGCCUUUCUGCUUCGGACAUUGAAGUUUAUUGGGCCUCUCCACGUGAGAAUCAGAGUAAAGGAAGGAUACAGGGUUAUGAGGUUAGAUGUUGGAGACACGAAGAUAAGGAAGAAAAUGCUAGAAAAAUCAGGACUAUUGGUAAUCGAACAUCUACAAAAAUCACUAAUCUGAAAGGCAAUGCAUUAUAUCAUUUAGCCGUCAAGGCAUACAACACCGCAGGGACAGGACCCUCCAGUGCUACAGUCAAUGUCACUACCAAAAAGCCACCACCGAGUCAACCUCCUGGAAACAUCAUAUGGAAUUCAUCUGACUCCAAGAUUAUACUGAACUGGGAUCAAGUUAAAGCACUGGAUAAUGAAUCAGAAGUGAAAGGAUACAAAGUUUUAUACAGAUGGAACAGACAGAGUAGCACAUCUGUAAUCGAAACUAAUAAAACAUCUGUCGAGCUUUCUUUGCCUUUUGAUGAAGAUUACAUCAUAGAAAUAAAGCCAUUUAGUGAUGGAGGCGAUGGUAGCAGCAGCGAACAAAUCCGAAUUCCAAAGAUAUCAAAUGCAUAUGCGAGAGGAUCUGGUACUUCUACUUCAAAUGCGUGUACGUUGUCAGCCAUCAGCACAAUAAUGAUAUCUCUCACAGCUAGAUCAAGUUUAUGACAAAAAUUACAUAAAGGACUUCCUGUUUAUAAUAUAAGCAACAUUUAGCUAGUUGUUUUGAAGACACCCAGUACUAAGUAAUAUUGUUGUUCAAGUACAUCUUACUACUGGAAAAAAAAUGUUUUAUGCUUCUUUAGGAAUGGCAUUAUACAGUACUUCCUCAAAGCAAAUAUAGCUUUGUUUGAAGUUUCCUUGGAAACUCUGCAAUGCACUGAAAACAUCUGUAAUAUGAUGUUACCAAAGCAGUUUACAUAUGUCCUUAUAUGCAUAUUUUUUAUUAUAUAUUUAGUGUUUUAUAGAAUUUUUUAAAGUUAACAUAUGAUGUAGAUAUUAAUUUUUCCUCUGCUAUAAAAUGCUACAGAUAACACUAUCAUAAAAAAUAUUGUUUGGAAUUUUUUCCUUUAAAACUGAGAGUUCAAAGUUGUUCUCAGUAAAUUGGUUACAAAUUGAUUGUACAGUUUUGCAAGGGUACACAUUGGGAGAACUGUUUAGGACUUGGUUCGUAACUCAAGGCAGCUGUAUUUAAAUGACAGUUAUGAUGGUUCCUAAGUAAAAUCAAGUGCUUAAGAUAUUUUUUCAUUUUGGAUCAGAUGAGUGUACAAGAUAAACCUGAGAUAAUCUUCAAGAACAGCUACAGUCUUCAAAAAUAAGUAUACAGAUUUUUGUUCCUAGCCAAUACUUUAACAUCAUAUAUUAAGCUUUCAUUUUAUUGUAUUUAAGUAGCUUUGUCUUGAUCAUAAUUAACAUUAAAUUGAACAUUAAAGUUGAUAUUACAUAGUAAUCUCUUCCUAUAGUAACAUAGACCAAAAGUUACUGCAGCAAAAGAAGGACCAGAUUCUGAGCUUUUACCUUGGUGUAAAUCCAAAGUAAUGCCAGUUUAAAUCAAUUAUUUUACUCUGGAUUUACAUCAAGGAAAUUAUAAUCAUAAUAUGCAUGUCUUUAAGAUUUAAAACUAAUUCUGGGUUCCACUGUCUGAAUAUGUAUUUCUUUUCAGUGUACAUUUUAAAUGUAAUUCAUAAAUCUUCAUAAUUUAAUCACAAAGUUAUGUUUUCUUAUAUAAUCUCUUUUGAGUGUCGGUCAUAAACUGAAUCUGACAGCUGUAUCAUGUUUCUAGUGAAUAACUCUCUAAAGUACAUUUUUCAUAUUAAUUUGCAAAGUAUCUUUGUGUGUAUGGUCCCUCAAUAGUUCUGUGCUAGGAAGUCUUUGUUUCUUUACAAACUCUUCAUACAAAUAUGAAGUUUUAAUAUAAUCAUAUUGGAAAAUGACAAUAUCAACAGAAAAAUAACUCUUCUUGAGAAAAGGACUGUUUGUUACUAUGGGAUCAUUUUGUAAGUCCACUCAGAUGGAUCAAUGCUGGUAAAAAGGCAAUGGAAUUUUCUAUAAAAAUUUUCAAGUUUAAAUGCGCUGCAGUGCUUUAUUUUUUUCCUGAUAGCUUAAAUUUGCCUGUAACUUGUCUUUUUUGCUUACAAAAUACUACAAGUUAACUUUUAAACCUUCUCAAUAUAUUUAUUCAGUAACUCAUAAUUGGGAUUCCACUUGUGUAAAAGUCAGGGGUGUUAACCAGAGAAAUAUUGUCAAUAUUUCAAGCUGUGUUCCUUUCUUAGUUUGAUAUGGUUACUUCUAUGUAAACACAAAAACAAAAAAAACCACAAAAACAAGAAAAUGAAACAAAAAAAAAAAGCCUAUGUAGUUUUCUCCCCGGUGUAAAUGAUAUUUAUCGGUGAUC